GUCCGAAAGCAAAGAGUGACUUCCUUUUCAAAGAUUCAGUUCCUAAGAAUUUGGAAGUGCUUAUCUGCAGACAAAUGUGGCUUCUGAGUCAUUUCUGCCAGUGAACAGUGCUAUGGGGUGCUCUGCUGCUGCUCUUUCACGAAACUGCAUCUGCAGCCAGCUGUCAGAAUUAUUUUGGCUGUGCUUCAGAAGAAGGCUCCCAUCUAUUCAUCCUGGACUCUCUUCACCUCAAGGGGAAAACAUCUUGGUUCCCGAGAUGUUUGAGCCUGAGAAAGGAGUUUACAUUGCCUUUGAGGCUGUGAUUGCAGUGUUGGCUAUCCUUGGCAAUGUUCUGGUCAUUUGGGUUGUGAAGUUAAACCCAGCCUUUCAGAAGACCACCUUCUACUUUGUUAUCUCGCUGGCGCUGGCUGAUAUUGGUGUUGGGCUUGUCAUGCCAGUGGCCAUUGUGGUCAGCUUAGAAAUCCAGAUCUCCUAUUAUGCCUGUCUUUUCAUGUGUUGUCAACUUAUGAUUUUUACUCAGGCCUCCAUCCUGUCCUUGCUUGCCAUAGCGAUUGACAGAUAUCUGAGAUUACGGCUGCUUACUCGGUAUAGGAUGAAAAGCAGUCAGAAAAAAAUCUGCGGGGCUCUGGCAGCGAUCUGGCUCUUGUCACUGCUGGUGGGAUUUGGUCCGUUUGGAUGGGCACAAGCAAAACCAGAAAACUCUGAUGUCAUGAACUGUACCUUCACGAAUGUGAUAAAAAUGGAAUACAUGAUAUACAUGAGCUUCUUUGCCGGAACCCUCGUCCCACUGAUUGUCAUGUGCAUCCUUUAUGCAAAGAUCUUCUGCCUCAUCCGCACAAAGCUGCAGCCCUGUUCAAUGAAUGUCAACGGGCAAAGGUCAUUUUAUAGGCAGGAGUUCAGAACAGCCAAGUCAUUGGCCCUAGUCCUCUUCUUAUUUGCUGUUUGUUGGCUGCCACUGUGCAUUCUGAACUGCAUCAAUCAUUUCAGCCCAGGAAACAUCCCACAGCAUGUCACUUACAUGGGCAUCCUUCUCACACAUUCCAACUCUGUCAUGAAUCCCAUCGUCUACACUUUCAGGAUAAAGAAGUUCCGGGAAACUUGCAUCCAGAUUUUAAGAACCUAUAUUGUGCACAAGGAUCCAGAAGAUGCUACCUCACCCAGUGCAACGACAUCUGAACACUCAUAGCUGCAUGAGAUGAAGACCAUUGGCCUUGUCUAGCUUUAUGUCUUCUGCCCUAAGAUACAAUAAAGUUACCAACUGAUAGGGGAGCUAUUGCUUCCUGAGACUUUACGUAACAGUUGUUUUGGUCUGCAGCAGUCGAGAGGAACUUUUCAGAAACAAACUCUAUCCCUUGUUAAUGCCUGCUGUUCACUGCUGUAGCAUCCAGUAACACAGCCGGCAUCUGAGGUUCUGUCAACCCACAUCUGCUGGUUCUACAUAUACAUUUUGGCCAAACAAGAAGCCGUCAAAGAUGUGCCAGUAUUGGCAUGGUGUGUCAAAUGUACAUAUUUCCAUUCUUUUAUGAGAAGUUUGUCUUGAUUUCUUAUUUUUCCAGUAAGUUUCACCGUUUCUGCACAGUCAACAAGUUUUUGUAUCCAGUCUUCUUUCGUCAGGACUUCUUUUUUUUGGCAAAUAACAUUCUUGCCACUGUAGUCGCAUACAUUAAUAAAUUUCUAUACUGCUUAGGUAGUUCUACCCCUAGAAUUCCCAGAAGGCUAGCUUCUGGCUUUUUUUUUUUUUUUUUUUACAAAUGUUGUUUUAAACAAACAUCUUUUUCAAUUCAUUAUAUAUCAUUUCCCAGUAAACUUUAACCCUACUGCAAAGACCACCACAUAUGCUAGAAAGUACCUUCUUUCUCUUUACAUUUCCAACACUUAUUUGAUUUUGAUUUACUGUAUAAUUCUGCGUAUAAGACUACUUUUUAACCCAGGAAAAUCUUCUAAAAAGUCGGGGGUCGUCUUAUAUGCUGGGUCGUAUUUCUUAUACGGCGAGUAUAUCCAAAACUCUGUAUUUUAACUGGAAAAGUUGGGGGUCGUCUUAUAUGCCCAGUCAUCUUAUACACCGGAAUAUAAGGUAUACAUUUUUACCGGUUUACACGGUAUUAGAGACCAUCUAUAUAACAUUUUCAUAUAGUUUUCUUAGACCAUAGCGUGCUGUAAAUUUAAUACAGUGGACCCUCUAAUUACAUACCGCUCUGGCUACCUAACUUUCGGGUUACGAACACAGCAAACCUUCUAUACUUCUGGGUUUCACUGCAUGUGUGUGUGCAGAAGCACUCAAUCACGCCACAUGUGUGCGCCUCUGCCUAUGGAC